AUGGACUCGCCCAUGGCGGCGGCCACGGGGCGGCAGAGAUCAUCUGCUGUUAAGAUGGUGCUGGCGGCGCUCUUUGUCGCGGUCUGCAUGUUCGUGCUCCAAUCUAGAGAUUCCACUCCCAUGCAGGUGGGGCGCUGCAGGCUCACUUGUUUCCCAGAGUGCGUCGAGCUGAUCGCGGGGUUCGCGUCCGAUCCCUUCCGCGUGCGCGAGGCGGGGGUGACGCACGUGCUGGUGACGGGCGGCGCGGGGUUCAUCGGCUCACACGCGUCGCUGCACCUCCUCACGUCCGGCCACCGCGUCACCAUUGUUGACAACCUAUCGCGGGGCAACUGGGGCGCGGUGCAGGUGCUGCAGCGCAUAGCACCGGAGGGGCGGCUGCAGUUCAUCAAUGCGGACCUGGGGGACCCGCGCAAGGUAGAGGCGGUGUUUGCGAGCAACGCCAUCGACGUGGUGAUGCACUUCGCUGCCGUCGCUUAUGUGGGCGAGAGCAUGCAGGAGCCGCUCAGGUACUACCACAACGUGACGGCCAACACACUGACGCUGGUGGAGGUUAUGGGGCGGCACGGCGUGACACAGCUCAUCUACAGCAGCACGUGCGCCACGUAUGGCGAACCCAAGACCAUGCCCAUCACUGAGGAUACUGUGCAGGCGCCCAUAAACCCGUACGGCAAGUCAAAGAAGAUGGCGGAGGACGUCAUCCUCGACUACGCGCGCGCCAACCCCCGCCUCGCCGCCACCAUCCUCAGGUACUUCAACGUGAUAGGGUCGGACCCCAGUGGGCGGCUGGGGGAGGCGCCUCGCCCGGAGCUGAGGCACCACGGGCGCAUUACAGGGGCGUGCUUCGAUGCCGCCAUGGGCAAGAUUGACGGACUCAAGGUGAUGGGCACGGACUACCCCACAGCGGACGGCACGUGCAUCCGCGACUACAUCCACGUCACGGAACUCGUCAAUGCACACGUGGUCGCCAUGCACCACCUCACACCCGGCACUGUUAACAUCUACAACGUCGGCACUGGCAAAGGGUACUCGGUGCGGGAGUUUGUGAAUGCGUGUCUGAACGUGACGGGGGCGCCCAUAAAGGUGAUGGAGCAGAAGGCGCGGCGGCCGGGGGACUACGCGGAGGUGUACAGCGACCCCUCUAAGAUCUACCAGCGGGAGCUGCGCGAGUAUCUGGACGUCGCUGUCGCGGCCGCUCGCCACGCGGGCGAGGUGAUUCGCCGCGGCUUCAACGCACCAAAGGACGUGCAGCACAAGGGCAAGGUCGACCUGGUCACAGAAACGGACAAGCAAUGCGAGGCACUCAUCAUGCAGCACAUCUCAGCCGCUUAUCCCUCCCACAAGUUGAUAGGAGAGGAGGAGUCAUCGGAGCGUGGCACGGCGGGGCUGGGGGACGGCCCCACGUGGAUGGUGGACCCCCUCGACGGCACCACCAACUUCGUGCACCGGUAUCCAUUCGUGUGUGUGUCCAUCGGGCUGGCCAUCAACAAGGCCGUGGUGGUGGGGGUCGUCUUCAACCCCAUCCUCAACGAGAUGUUCACAGCAAUGAGGGGCCAUGGUGCCAUGCUCAACGACGAGCCCAUCCAUGCAUCUUCGCAAGCAGACAUGGGGUCAGCGCUACUCGCCACUGAGAUAGGCACCAAGAGGGACGCAGGCACGGUGGCAGGGCUGACAGGGCGCAUCAGCAACCUGCUCUUCCAGGUGCGGUCGCUGCGGCUGUCAGGGUCGUGUGCGCUGAACCUGGUGGGCGUGGCAUGCGGCCGCCUCGACCUCUUCUACGAGAUCGGCUUCGGUGGACCCUGGGACGUAGCAGCGGGGUCGCUGAUCGUGGAGGAAGCGGGCGGCCUCUGCUUUGACCCGAGCGGAGGCCCCUUUGAUGUGAUGGCAUGUCGAGUGGCGGCCUCAAAUGGCCAUUUAAAGGCAGCAUUUGUGGAGGCAUUAGCCUUGGUGUUCGCGGAGGCGCACGGCGCGCGCAUCACGGACCCCGAGGGGCGCGAGUACCUUGACUUCCUCUCCGCCUACUCCGCCGUCAACCAGGGCCACGGCAACGCGCGCAUACUGGCGGCGCUGCAGCAGCAGGCGGAGCGGUGCACGCUGUCGUCGCGCGCCUUCCACAACGACCGCUUCCCGCUGUUCGCGCAGCGCAUCACGGCGCUGAUGGGGUACGACAAGGUGCUGCCCAUGAACACGGGCGCCGAGGCCGUCGAGACCGCGCUCAAGGUGGCGCGCAAGUGGGCGUACGAGAAGAAGGGUGUGCCCGCCAACCAGGCGCUGGUGAUCUCGUGCUGCGGGUGCUUCCACGGGCGAACCAUGGCGGCCAUCAGCAUGUCGUGUGACAACGACGCCACGCGCGGCUUCGGCCCGCUGCUGCCCGGCCACCUCAAGGUGGACUUCGGGGACGUGGACGGGCUGCAGCGCCUGCUGGCGGAGCACGGCCCACGGGUGGCGGCGUUCAUAGUGGAGCCCAUCCAGGGCGAGGCGGGCGUGGUGGUGCCCCCGGAGGGCUACCUGCGGGCGGUGCGGCAGCUGUGCUCCCAGCACGGCGUGCUGCUGCUGGCCGAUGAGAUCCAGACGGGCCUCGCCCGCACAGGCAGGAUGCUCGCGUGCGACCAUGAGGGCGUGCGCCCUGACGUGCUCAUCCUGGGCAAGGCGUUGGGAGGGGGGGUGGUGCCAGUGAGUGCGGUGCUGGCGGAUGAUGACGUCAUGGGGUGCAUCCGACCGGGCGAGCACGGCAGCACGUUUGGCGGCAACCCGUUGGCGUCAGCAGUGGCGCUGGCGGCGCUGGCGGAGAUUGAAGAGGGUGGGCUGGCCGACAGGGCGCAGCGGCUGGGGGAGCAGCUACAGGCGCAGCUGAAGGCAGUGCAGGCGCGGUACCCCCACCUGAUCCACGAGGUGCGGGGGCGAGGGCUGCUGGUGGCGGUGCAGGUGGCGGGGGAGGGGCUGCCGGGGGGAGUGACGGCGCUGGACGUGUGUGUGGCGAUGAAGGAGCGCGGCGUGCUGGCCAAGCCCACCCACAACACCAUCAUCCGCCUCGCUCCCCCCCUCACCAUCUCGUGCGUGCCCUCUCAUUCUCGCUCAUGCCCUGCCUCUCUCAUCUCAUGCCCUGCCUCUCUCAUCUCAUGCCCUGGCUCUCUCAUCUCAUGCCCUCGUGCUUUCGCCCAUUCAUUUCCUCACUCAUUCACCCCCUCACUCAUUCAUCCCCUCACUCAUUCACCCCCUCACUCAUUCAUCCCCUCACUCAUUCACCCCCUCACUCACUCAUCCCCUCAUCCCCUUACAAAUCCGUUCCCUCGUGCCCCCAUGCUGUCAUCGCUCCACCUGCUGAAGCCCUGUCAAUUGUACGGCCGUCUCGUGUUUUGCAAUCUAGCACUCUUUACUCUUUCCUCAUCCACUAUCCAUACCCCCAACACCCCCACACACCUGACCACCCCACCUGCUGCAUGGCACGGGCAUGGGCAUGGCAGGGAGGAGGAGCUGGGGCGGGCAGCAGCAGCGCUGGAGGCGGUGUUGGGGGAGGACAUGCCGCGCCUUGUGGCGCAGGCUGCUGCUGCAGGCGCCGACAACAAGACGCACAGCAAGGAGCCCUGCGACCGCUGCGGCCGUGUGCGCUGA